UCUAUCACAGUCUGUUCUGCCAUUCAAAAUAUAAAGGAUAUGCUUGAAUAAAAGAAUUUGUUUCUUGCAUGCGAAAUGCAUAAAACCGAGACAAUGGCAUGGUCGGUUACAUUGUUUCUGUUCUAAACGGUCUGUACUGGGUUAGGCUGUGGUCUUGCAUCACAAAGCAGGAUCUACACCUGCUAGCGGAAAGCCGGAAAUGGUGAUGGGGACGAAGGAGUGAUUGAUUCAUCUGAUUAUGGCUGUGCUGUGGAUGUUAUUUUGUAAUGUUUUGUUUUAGUUACGUAGGGAGUACUGUCUGUGUACUGAUCAUGAUAGUGGUGAGGACGAAGUAUGAAUCUGUCGUCGUAAAACCAUUUUCGAUAUAUGAGGCAUUCUAGUUUGUAUCUUACGAAACUGAAAGUGGUGUUUACUAUGAUUCGUAAUCAUGGUUAUGUUGAUUCUCAAUAUAAUUAACCGAUCUUUCAAUGAAAAGUAUUUCACUUGAAGCAGCGUAACAGCGUGUGAACGUGUUAGUAGGGCACUAAUCCAUUAGUGAGCCUAAUUAAGUAUAUUCAUUUGCAUACCGAUGAUAGUUUCUAUAAACUCAGAUGUUAGAGGCCUGUCAGAAAUGGCCAGGGUCCAAUUGUUUUAGACUUGAUGCCAGCAUUACAUCGAUCUAGUUAAUUGUAUAACAUCUAGCAAUGCGAAAAGAAAGGGAGCCCGAAUUAAGUGUGGACUGUAAUUAGGUCGUACAUGGUUUACAUAAUUGUGAUUGGGUCGAAUUUAAGUCACAUUGGUAAGGACUGCAUUCAAAUGCGUGAAUGAUAGUUUGACUGAACUGUGUAAUUUUUAUCACUAAUUCUGGUAUGCGGAGUUACUGUACAUGUAAAUCAUUUUGAUUCAGCCUGGAACUGAUGGAAUUGGUAGUACAUGUUUUGUGAAGUUAUUAAUUGUAUAGAACAUGGGCAGAAGCAAGCUGAUGUUUGGAUAGAGAUGGCUCUUAAAAUUAAAGAGAAACACCAUUUUGUUUAUAAUGUUCACCAUAACUGCACUGAAGAUGCAGCCUGCAAUUAUAUCAAGAGAAAAUGUAUAGUUCUCAGAAGUUGCAAUUGUAUUGUACAUAUGUCUUUGGAUUUAUUUUCAUCCAUCUAGAUCAGCCACUGGUAACCUUGCAGUGAAAACGUUUCGAGUAGAAACUAUGAGAAGUUCUCUAGAAUUUUUUAGACAAAGAGACUAAUUUAGCAGAGGGAAGUAUAACAACAUGGAUGAAUGGACACUGAAUGAUUUACUGGAAUGUUCCGUUUGCCUCGAACGUCUGGACACUUCAAGUAAAGUACUGCCAUGUCAGCACACAUUCUGUAAGAAAUGUUUAGAAGAGAUAGUGAGUACUCACAAGGAACUUCGAUGCCCUGAAUGUCGCAUUCUUGUUGAUGUAAAAAUAGAAGACUUGCCACCUAAUGUACUCCUAAUGCGAAUUCUUGAGGGAAUGCGUAAUGCAGCUCCCAAGAAGCGCAGUGCUAUACCAAAUCGCUUGCAGGGUGGUCUCUUCCCUCCAAGUUCAGUUCAGCAUAUGGCAUCACUGCAGCAACAGCAACAGGUGCCUACCCAUACAGCGACAAUAUCAUCCCCAGAAACCAGAGUACACACAGUUCCCAAGCAGCAUGUGAUACAGCCAAGUCAGCCGUAUGCCAGAGCGAUAUAUGAUUACCUCUCAAAUGAACCAGGUGAUCUGUGCUUUAAGAAGGGAGAUAUAAUCUUGCUGCGUAAGAAGAUUGAUAGUAACUGGUAUCAUGGCGAGAGUGGCGGAAACCACGGAGUCUUUCCUCUUACAUAUGUGCAGGUUAUUACACCACUGCCAAGUCAUAUUCCACAGUGCAAAGCUCAGUAUGACUUCCGAAUGACAAAUGAUGAUGAAGAAGGCUGCCUAACCUUUAACAAGGGUGAAGUUAUCACAGUAAUUCGCCGUGUUGAUGAGAACUGGGCAGAAGGGAAGCUUGGAGAUCGUAUUGGAAUCUUUCCGUUGGCUUUUGUUGAGCUGAACAGUGUGGCACGAGCCCUCAUGAAGCUUUCUACGAAUUCCCAACCUGGUCCAUCACGGGUUGCUCCACCCACACCAACUUCAGAAGAUACCACGCCACUGAUUCCAACAGAUCACACCCGUACUGUUGCUAAUUCUCACUCAUCACAGCAUCAUGGUGUUGCAGUAAAUCUAGGAAAUAUAAGUGGCUCUGCUAUCACACCCACUUCUCAGUCAGCGCACCAGCAUCAGAUUUCUAACACAGUUCCUCCAGUGGGGACUUCUGAUUCAAGUUCAACUGUAUCGUCAGCCUCAUCUUCAACAACACCUAACACAUCAUCAAGCAACACGUCAUCUAGUUCUAGCACGGCUCCAUCAUCUCCUACCUCGCCUCCCCCACCACGGAUACCAGCUCCUGGCAUCACUCUUCCUCCGCAUAAUGCGGUGGCUCCACCUCCCCCCAGGCCAGCACACAAUCCUAAUAUCUCUCCAGGUACUCCUGCUCAUCAUGUCCCUCCUGCACAGCACAGAGAGAAACGUCACAGUUUCAGUGUGUUGCACACAGGACAUCACCACCAGGCUUCUCAUAGACACUCAGCUGAGAUUUUAAGUCCUACAGAAACAACACAAGACUGUCUGACUGCAGAACAAACCCUACAGUCGCAGAUGGGAGGCAGUGGUGAACUGCUUCAACGGCAAGGUAGCCAGCGACACCGACGGUCAGGAAGUAGUGACACAACAGGGAGUGGAUUGACUCCACCUCCACCGCAGGGGGCUCCACACCAUAGUUCAACAACUCAAUUGCCUGCACCUUAUACUGCGCUAUAUCCAUACAAGCCCCACAAAGCUGAUGAACUUGAAUUGAAGAAGGGAGCCAUAUAUAUGGUGACUGAAAGGUGUCAGGAUGGUUGGUUCAAAGGCACUUCCAUUCGUACGCAGAAGUGUGGAGUAUUUCCUGGAAAUUAUGUUACACCUGCCAGGGCCGUAACGAGUGGGCAGGCACAACUGCGUAGUCUUGCUCGUGGUUCGAACAGCUCAUCCAUAGCACCACAGCAGGGUAGUGGUAGCAGUAGUGGCUCACCUCGUAACAAUCCUGCAGCUUCAACUCCACCCGUUGAACCACGUAGUUUCACUCGUGUUGGCAGUAAUAAGCAGGGUUCCUCUCCACUCAUGUACAGUCCUCGUAACAGUCAACAAAGUCACAAUACUCUUGGUACUAGUGUGAUGACAUCACAGGUUCCUCCAGAACUUCCUCCACGAUCAUCCAGCCCAGGACACAGCAGUCCUUCUAUUUCCUUGUCUCAGCACCAUGGCUCCACAUCCGUAUCUCCUUCGUCUCAUCACGGUUCAGUCAUCUCGUCAUCUUGGCAUGGCCAACAGCCUCAGCAGCCUGGAACUUUGGGCUUAGACCUGACUUCAAACUCGGCUCCAGUCACUCUCGGUCGCAGUCAUAGUGCUGUAAUGGCGACUGGCAGCACUGCAUCUCAUGGUUUUGAUGCUUCGGUCAGUACGUUGGGGCGCAGCGCUGUAGGCCAGGGACUGGUGCACAUGUCAACAACUGUUGCGCCACCACCAAAUGUAUCUGUUACGGCUGUGAGCAGUAGAUCUUCAGAUAAGGCAAAAGAAAAGAAACCAAAGGGAGGGCUAAUGAGUCGUUUUACCAGCAUGAAGAAGUCAAAAUCUCCGCCACCUGCUACCUAUUCAAUGGAUAAUCCGGUGUUUGACGAUGGGAGUGCAGCUGUGAGUCCGCAACACCCUGUACAUGUCAGGUCUGGCUCGUGUCCCAGUCAGCUUCUACAGGUUAUGCCACUAGAUGGUAGCACUGCACACCACCGCCUCUUUGGUUCCUCUGCUUCCUCGGGCUCACAGAGAAUUAAACAUAAAGACCAACGGCCCAAUGUAGUGAUGGCUAAUCUGGCCCACUUUGGAAGGUCAAGUGAUGUGACUGCCUGUGGUACUAGUGCGAAUCAUCGCAAGUCUAACUCAUUAGAUGCUGGAACUGGUGCAGACAGUGGAGGAGGAGGAAGGAAAACAAAUAAACCUCUUGUUCCACCUGUAAGGGAAAGAUUUCGCUGCAUCGUGCCUUAUCCUCCAAACAGCGAAUCCGAACUAGAGCUUUGGGUUGGUGAUAUUAUUUAUGUACACAAGAAACAUGAGGAUGGCUGGUACAAGGGAACGCAGCAACGCACAGGCCGCACCGGGCUGUUUCCAGCAAGUUUUGUGGAGGGUUGCUGAGAUUCCCCACCAUGCAUGAUGGAGUCUUGCAUCUAACCCAGCCAAACAGCCAGCAGCAGGCAAAGUGUAUGGAACGGGUUGCGGAGGCAUGAUGAAGUUGUGCAUUGGGUUUCCGGUUGAUUUGUACAGGUAUCAUUCUUUAAGCAGGUGUGAAAUAUGUCAUGAUACACUGUUCAUUUUCCACAUGAAGAAUUGGAAGUCGUGAUGUGGCAUAAAUUGUUAGUAUCAGCAAAGAAAGCUGUUCAACGGGUUUUUCUAGAUCAUCUCUGGUAAAAGUUUACAGUAAAUAGGAUCUGAAGGGGAAGAGGGUUAAUUGAUGUACUGCCAGAAAUAAAAAUGAUUAAUUUAAACUUUUGCCAUUCACAUGCAUCUUUGGCGAGUGUUUGUUAUAGACUAGUAACAGACAAAGGUGCCAUUGAGACAUAAUUGCAUGUUUCUUUUUGGAUGCCAAGAAAUAGCUAUUUCUGUGUGUUCUGUUUAAUAAAUUAUGUUGUUUUCAAUGCAGUGUUUGUCUUCUGUGAAUGAACGCUGAAUUUAACGAUGUACCAGAUUCGAUUGGUAUGAAAUUUUUAUACCAUAAAUGUUAAAUACAGUGAGUCCAUCAAAAGAUCGGUUAUAAAGUAUUACUUGUAAGGGCAGAUGAAUUUACUUGAGGGUGAGCAGUCACAGGUGUGAUCAUUUGGUGUUUUUCUUUAUUAAUAUGCAGAUUUAUUUUUUUAGAAAAAUAAGUCUCAGUUGGUGCUCAUUACGACAUUCGUCUUGUUAUAUCAGUGUGGUACUAAUGGUCUGUUUACAUAGAAUAACACGACAUCACAUGGAAAUUAAUGUAGAAAAAUUCAAAGGUAUUGAAUUUUAGGAAGUUGCGUAUGAAUAUUUAUUUAUUGUUUUCUCCACCCUCCAUUUCUCAAAUUAGUAAUGUUACCACAAGUCUGAACAUUUUACUUUUCGUUGCCAAAUAUUUUUUUUUCUGUCCACACACGGGCUUUUGAAUUGUGAUUAUUUGGUUUAUUUGACUGCUGUCAGUAGGCCAAAUGAUGAUAGUUAUAACAUUUUUACUUUACGUGUGUGGAAAUUAUAGUGAUUUUACAGGUCUAUGUACGUACAAGGUUAGAGUUGGCUUUACAUAAGUUAAGAUAUGCACAGUCAUGUAUACUCUUGACAUUUGUUUAAAUACUAUGUGUAAAUAUAUUGUGUAUUUUCAGAUCCAUAUAUUAACUUAUAUAUCAACCAGUGUGUAUCACUGAUGAUGUUGAGUAUGACUUUCAAAUCAGGGUAAUAAACCAAACUUUUCUGUAUGAUUCUCAUACUGAGGACUGAGAAAGAACCAAAGGGAGUUGUAUCUUGAAGUAAUUUAUCAGAGCUGGAUAAAUAAUUUUGAACUUGUGCUGUACCGUAGUUCAUUAAUAACAUUUGAGUAUUUAUAUGACCAACUUCAUCAUGUAUAAUGCUGAUGAUGGAUCCCACAGAAAUAUAUAAAUAUAAAUUAUGUUUAUCCAGUGGAAUCUUAAAGUCAUUAAUUUAUGUGUUACUCGCACAAAUACAUUAUUUCGUAUGAAAGUUUUGUGAGCACAUUGCAGCAGAGACUUUCCUUUCUAUUCCUUUGCGUCAGCUCAGAUACUCCCUUUCAUGCUUUGUACCAGUCACUUCAGAUUACAAAUUGAACUAGUAGAUUGUACGCUGUAGGAGACAAUAAUUAUUGUUUCCAAGUAGAAGUAUCUCUUUGAGUCAUAGAAUUCUAAUGAAGCAAAAUGACGGUUCAGUUUAAUUUGCAAAUUUUCACAUAGUGCUUAUAGCCGCAAAACAGGAUUAGGGUUUCAUAAUAAAUAAUAAAAUAGUUGUGAGGUUAUUUGUAAUAAAAACAAGUUGUAUUUGUCUUCAUAUUUUUGUAUAAAAUACAGGUAUUACUUGAAGUAUGAAUGAGGAGUAAAAAUGUUUGUAAAUUUUUUGUUGUUAUUAAGUAACCUUAUAGUAGUUGUGUAUGCGAGUGUGGACGCACAUGCCUGUGUGAGCAUAAUUUGGUUCUGCAUGUUUUAAAGAAAUGUUAACUUGUCAUCUUUCAACCUAGUAAUAGUACUUCUAGUUACCGAACUACUUCCAAAGAUGGCAUUAUGUGUAUAAACAUGUGAAGAUUAUGUUAGUAUGCAUGGAAAAUGAACAGUUAAUAUAGAUAUGGAAUGUUGCAAUUUAGUUUUGGUUAUAUUUAUUUAGAACUCAGAACUGAAUUUAAGCUUACCAACUUCUCUUGUACUACUUGCUCACUACAUGUCUUAAAAGCCUGUAAAUAACAAUAGAUAUAUUCUUUCAUUCUUUAUUGGCUCCGAAGCAAUUCACCGUAUAGAUUUAUUCUAUAUACUGCAGCAGAUUAUGCAAUUUCUGUAGUUGUAUGGACAUAAUAUUCAGUUUAUACAGUUCCACUUACCUAUUUCAUGAAUUUGAUGUAUUGGGAAAAUUCAAAUUUAUGUAAUUUUAAACUUGUGUUCUGUGCAGUUGAUUAUUUAAAUAAUAUUAAGUACUUGAGAAUGUUGUGUAUGUAAAUUUUUUCAUCAGUAAUUUAAUAUUGAGGAGCAUGGUAUUUCAUGCACCCACCUUUCAGUCAGUUACUACAUAAAAUUCAGGCAUGUAGGAUUUGACGUUUCCACAGCUUUUAGCCUGAAGAUGGCUGUCUUCUGUGUUGUUGCUCUGUGUGGUCUGGUAAAAAUUUACCGACGCCCUGAUGAUUGAGGCGGCAAGGACCUCUGAAAUGUUGGUAAACUUCUACCAGACUGCAUGGUGCAACAACCUGUAAGACAGCCAUCUUUAAAAUUCAGGCAGUCUGAAUGUGCCAGGAUUUAGGUAUUUAUUUUGUGUACAGUGAAAUAGUACAUGCAAUUCAUGGAAACCUAUUUGAAUGUCUCUGUAUUAACUUUUGUACAUUACUUAUGAUAACACAUAUUGUUACGGAUGUGGGGCAGCGGUGUGUUAGGAAUGCAUUCUAAAGCCAGUUCAUUAAUAAAUUAAUAUUACAUUUGAAUUUUCGAUUAUCUUGUCCACAGAAUAGUGCAUUUAUGUAUAAUGCGUAGUAAUUAUGUUAAAAGUUGUGAGUAAAUAAACUCAGCUGUGAUUCAACAUUAAAAGAAAUUAUUGCUACUUACAUUGAAAUAAAUAUACAUUAAAAUUUAUUUUAACAUGUCUGACAAAGAUUUCAUAUAACAAAGAAGUCCUAAUCUCCAUUGAGGUACCGUUGUGUUUUUAAGUUAAAAAUGUUACAUUAAGAGCUGAUAUAUAACAAAGUCUACAAAUGUUGCCAUGUGAGGCUGUAUUGUUUCUGUAAAAAUAGCUUUGUGCUAAUGUUUUACACCGUUGUGAAUUUGGGCUCUUGACAUUUUAUGUUCUGUCUUCUAGCAUUGUCUUCAUUUUAUGUGGGUUAAUGGACAAAAUACCUCCAGUACCUUCUGUCUUCUAGCUUUCAUUUUUUAUUUCAUCACACCUCUGUCCUUUUUUUGGGAUCUCUUCUAGUACAUGGCUGAACUAUCCUGUUCUUGCGCACCUUAUGUGUCUCUUUAUUUUAAUUCUGAUGCUUUUCUCGGUGUCCUUUCUCUACCCUUUAUUUUUAUAUGGUCAAACCAGUGUAGUCAUUUCUCUUAACCUAUUAACAAAUUUUGGAUUCCAGUUUCUUCUCUAAAGUUGUAAUUUCUAAUUCUAUCUCGUAUUUUAUGUGACAUCUAAGUGUCACUAUUCUUCUGUAAUUCAUAUUUUUUAUAUACGAGGAAAAAGUGACUAAAAUUUGUUUUUACGUUUUAAAGUGAAGGCUACCCCACCAAAGUGUUAUUUAUGUUACAUUGUACCAAACUAUAUGAAACCUUAAGUUGUAUAUUGAGUCUGAGACAUACUUGAAUACUUAAAUAAUAUAUCUGCAUAGAAUAUAUUAAAUUUCAUGAUCUGAUUUUUCUUUAUUUUACAUGGGUAUGUUCUGGUAUUUAUAUUAAGAGUACUCAUAAACGUGACGGGUCUGUCUGUAGAUAUUACAAAAGGCCUGGCUUAUUGUAAAGUAGGAAGACUGCGUUUGGGAGGGAACUUGUUAAAAUCAAAAGCCAUGUCCUGUGUGCUGAUUGGGGUGUUAUCGGCUUCUCAGGCCAUGCAAGCAAAUACUAGGAUAAUGUCAUCUUCUAAAGGAUCUUACCCUGUUAUUUCUGUAAUACUUUACAGAAAUGUUUAUCACUUUACAACUUAUCUGUGAUUUGUUAAAUUUUCUUUUGAAAGCUGAUGCUUUUCCUCGGAAGUGAGCGUACCAUGAAAUGAGGUAGUUACCUGCAGUGGCUUGAGAUUUCUUGAACUUCGAUUUUUUGCCACUAAAGUGGAUCAGCUUUAACUCUGCACAGACAUGCUUUCCUUGUUUUAUUUUUCAUUCAGUUUAUCAUUUAAUUUUAUUAAAAUUGUAAUCCAUCUCAGUGUUAAAGGGAUGCAAAUUCUUUACCUCAGUGGAGGGUGGUCCAGGAAGUUGCUGUUGUCAGACCAUGUCCCUUACAGUAUGACAUGCCACCUUAACAUUAUCUUAAUUAACUGAAAAUCAUCAUGAAUUUAUGUGUAUGUAUACUGCCAUAAUUCACAAUUUUCAUGUGACAUAUAUACCUAGCCUUUUAUCACAAAUUUGUUUAAAUAUACAUUUAACUUUAUAUUUUAAUAAAAGAAACUUUUGAAACAAACAGUUCUACAGUUGUUUGUAUGACAAACGUCAGUGUAGAACAAAACAUGCACUACUGCCAUUUCUGUGUUUUAUGAGGAUGUCUACAAGGGUCGAUCAAAAAGUAAUACUCUCUGUUCUUUAUUUUAUACUCAUGAACAUAAUGCCAUAUGUAAUGACCUCUACUGAAGAUAGUUAUUUUUAAGUUUGGUGUUUGUUUUUGUCAGCAGUUUUCUUUAGCAUUAAAUACGCAUAUGUGUUCUUGAAAUUUCUAAAAAUGUUCCUCUUCAUCCUCCUAGGCCACUAUGACAGCAUUUUUUAGUGUAUUAUCAUCACGCCUGCAUAAUUGUACUCUUUUUGAAAUUAUUGAAGUAUACAGAUUGGUAUCUCGCCUUUGGCAACUGAAUGUACAGGAAAUGUAUUUUGUUUUGCUAUUUUCUAAUCUAGUUACCACCUGAUGGAUCAAACUGUAACUACACAAAACUGUUUAUGGACUAGUACUUGAUGUAAUUAUCAUUUACAUAUUGUAGUGACCUAAGGACACACAUGUAGAUUGGCCCUUGUAUAUUUCAGUAACAGUGAACUAAAUUCAUUUGCUGCAUUUCUUUACAAAAUGUUAAUAUGGAGUUAAUUCUGUAUUGCAGUUUAUUAAACAAAUUUUUUUGUCCUUUUGCCUGAGCUGGGAGACAGAAAAUGGUUGAUCUAACUACACUCUGGAAGGUCAAAAUUGAUUUCCCCGUCUAUUUAGAAGAAUUACGGAUGUAUAUUAAAUUGACAGACAGCUCAUAACAAAAAAACCUUAAAACCAUUUCAAUAAAGAAAUGCAGUAAAUUCUUUGAUUAAUAUAAAUAUAGUUUCAUCUUAUAAACCGUGGGUAUUACCGUGUAGGAUUUGAGGUUUUCAUGGCGGUGAGUCUGAAGAUUGCUGUCUUCUGGGUUGUUGCAGGGCCCUGAUGACAGAGGCAGCAUGACCUCUGAAACAUUGGUGGAACACUACCAGACCGCAUGGCGCAACAACCCAGAAGACAGAAAUCUUCAUGGGUAUUUCUCUUUGGUCCUAUGCUAUACUAAUAUUUAACAGAGAACUCUUUGUAAUGUGUUGUGAAACCUUUAAGAAUACUAUUAUAAUUACAGUAUACAUUACUAUCAAAGUGUGAAAGCUGUGGAGCCAUGAACUGUAUUGUUUUGAGGCAGUGAUAUAUUUGGUCCACACUUUGUGCCUCACAGUCACAAAAUAACGUAUAGUGGAAUAUGAGAUGAAUAUUUUACAAGUAAUGUGUGUGACGUGUGUUCAUAAGUUCUAAUUGUAUUUAUGUAGGGAUGGGUGAUAGACAAAAGUAGUAAGUUUACAAGUGUGAAUUAAUAAUAACAAUAAUAUAAAUAAGGCACAUAUAUUGAAAUUGAUUUAAAUUGUGAUGUUUACAUCGUAACAUAUCAGUUCAUAGUGUUUUUUUUUGUCAUGCUCGUUUGGCAGAAGAGGACAUUUUUCCUGCUCUUUGUUGUUUAUUUACCUGUACUCUAGUGCCAUGCUCCUGUGCUGUAAUUUUAAUUUAUUUGAGUUAAAGACUGUAACUCAUAUUGUUCAGGAUGUAGUUGUUUUUGUAAAUUUAUUGUACUUUAUAACACUGUUAUGUUACAUUCUUACAACAUAAAGUUUCAUGCAGAAUUUGACAGCACUGUAGCAUAUCAGACUUUCUAUUCUUUGCUGAAUGAGACUGUGUUGUGUGAUACAGUUUUGUCAUUACGUUCUUGUGUGCAAAACCUUG